AUGCCUAUUGGUAAGAGAUUCAAACGGGGUCUUAGCUCGAUCGAAGCAAAUCUUAAGAAUCGCUCUGAAGUUUUACAAGAGCCUGUUCAGUUCGAAUCGAGUGUUGAUAUAACGGGUUCUGGAGCAGUGUCUGUUAGGAAGAGUGGAGAAUCUGUUAUCAAGAAUGGCAAGAAAGCAGCUGGCAAACGGAUACAGGAGCCUGCACACGAUGAUUCAACUUGCUUGAUGACAGGUUCAUUAACGAAUACCACAAAUGAUUUGCAGCUCUCAAAUGAGGAUGAUCUUUGGUUCCAAGCUUCGGAGAAGCUCAAGGCUGACGAUCCGGAAAUGUAUGAACAAUAUUCACUCAUCAUAUGCCGCCAAACAGACAAGAGCAAUGAAUACCAUCCCAACGAGUCCGCAAAGAUCUUAGCGAAUGGGGCAACGCUUCUCAAAGUGUGCCAAAAUAGCCUCGAAACAAUGAAUGCCCCAAGUGGUAGAGUUGAUAAGGGUUUUGAGAAGACGACUGAGAUUGUAGGCCUGGCUAAAGACUUCGUGGGGUUUGUUGUAAGUGCCGAGCCUCAUGGAGCAGUAGCUUGGGCAGGUGUCUGUCUUUUCCUUCCGCUACUACUCAAUCCUUCUCAACAAGAUGAAGCUUGUCGCAAAGGUCUUGAGGAACUACCCUUCAUCCUUCACAAGUAUAGUCUAGUGGAGAGCAUUUGUGCAACCAAAAGUUCGGAUUCGACAAUUGCCACCACGGCUAAUAUUGGAAUAGAAUCUAAGCAACGCGAAAGAACCAAAGAGGAAAUGGAAUGUCUGCAAGCUUUUCGUUCGGCUAAUUUUUAUGAAGAACAAAAGAAUCGAAAUCCUGAUCGUGUUGAUGGCACUUGCAGAUGGUUACUUGAAUCGCAGAGUUUCUGCGACUGGAGAGACGGUGAAAGCUCAGGUCUUCUUUGGAUUUCAGCAGAUCCAGGGUGUGGAAAGUUAGUUCUUUCUAAAGCAUUCGUGGACGAAAGAUUGGUGAGCAUAUCUCCUGCAACUAUCAUACGUCACUUCUUUUUCAAGCAUAUCUCCCCAGAACGGCGUAAUCCAAAAAAGGCGGUUACAGCAUUGAUCCACCAGAUACUUUCGAAGAAUCGCCAUCUCUGGACACGUGUGCUAGAGAGUUGGAAGCUCAACGGCAGAGAGCUUUGCAACUUGCAUGAUAUGAUGUGGGACAUUUUGGAAUCGAUAGCAAAUGAUCCUGCUGCUGGUGAUAUUAUCUGCGUCAUCGACGCUUUGGACGAAUGUGAUUCAGGCUACGAUAUGCGAGAACAGUUUAUUCAGAGAAUUCGUAUGCUUGUAUACGAAAAUCAGCCAUGCCGCAUGAACUUUGUGGUCACCAGUCGCCCUUAUUCUGAGAUCGAGGGAAUAUUCUCAGGCAUGAAUCAAAACUUUUCUAUAAUUCGUAUAGCAGGGGAAAUGGAAUCUGAGAGGAAACAAACCUCGUCAUCAAUCACAAAAUUGCGCAACUGGACUUGA